AUGAGGAACGUUUCCCCCCGCGGGCUGUUGAAGUUACUCGGCGCGGCGGCCGCUCUGCUCCUGUCCGCUCACUUUCUCCUCAGCGCGGUCCUCAAACGCACCGCGGUUCCGAAUCCACUUCCGGUCGAGGACCGGCUCAUAUCCCCCCUCGCCUACCGGUACCUGCUCAACCAGCCGGAGGCCUGCCGAGACCGGAGCCCCUUCCUGGUGUUCAUGGUACCGGUCGCCCCGCGCGACACCGCCGCGCGAGACGCCGUCCGGCGGACGUGGGGCGCCCCGCGGCGGGAAACGCUCACCCUGUUCUACGCCGGCCUGUCGGAGGCCGGCUCCCCCGAGCAAGAGGCGCUGGACCGGGAGAGCAGGCUCCACGGAGACAUCGUCCAGAUGGACUUCGUGGACAGUUACCGGAACCUGACCAUCAAGACGAUGAUGAUGAUGAAAUGGCUGGCCAGCCACUGCCCUUACGCCACCUACGCCAUGAAGGUGGACGCGGACAUCUUCGUGAACGUGAACCACCUCCUCCGCCGGCUCCAGAGCAGCCCCCGGCUGGGCUUCAUCACCGGCUCCGUCAUCCGGGACGGCCGGCCCCGGAGAGACCCGGCCAGCAAGUGGUAUCUGUCCGCGGAGCAGUACCCGGAGGCCCGCUUCCCGCCGUACGUGUCCGGGGCCGGCUACGUCUUCUCCACCGACCUGGCGGGCCGGAUCUCCUGGGCGUCCAGGUUCGUGCGGUCCAUCCCCCUGGAGGACGUCUACGUGGGUUUGUGCCUGCGCGUGCUGGGCGUGCGGCCGGUCUACUCCCACGCGCCGCCCUUCGCGCGCAGCCUGUUCGCGGUGCAGCGGCUGCCCUAUGACCGCUGCGCCUUCAGCCGGAUGGUCAUCGUCAACGGCUUCCGGCCGCACGAGCUCCUGCGCGCCUGGGAGGACUUCUCCAGGGGCCACGCGGACUGCUGA